GUCCCAAUAUUCAGGGGCACAGCUUGAGUUUUGACUUUCCAAAAAUUGAUAUGCACCCUUGAGUUUUGACUUUCCGGUUUUGGGUCGUAAAACAACACCCUCGCCGGUCGCGUCUGCAACUCCAGCCGGCCGCCUAUCCAGGCGCCAGUCGCAGCCUUGCAGAGCCGCCGCGACGCCUCUGGUCUCCCUAGGAAUUUUUUUCGAUCAGGGCAUCAGGCAUCUCCGACGCAAUCACGCAGCACUGGGCAGCAGCUUCAUUAUUUAGCAUGACAAAGACGAUGGUGGUGGACCAUGGGAAUAAUGAGUCCGAGGACAGAAAAAGUGUUUCUUUUGCGCGUACCUCAACCAGCUCCAGCUCUUCAUGGACCAGUCCAUCUUGUUUCCCCCAGCAACUGGAAAUUGACAGUGGAAAUGAAUCAGUAUCAGAAGCAGGAGAUAUUGGGGACAGGGCACUUAGCAGCAAUAGGUACAGUCAUAGUGGUAGGCUGUUUUUUUCAGUUGAGAAUGCAGCAGAAAGUGGUCUAGUUGUACCUAUUGCAGAGGAAGGGGUGUGGUCCCACACUGUCUCUCCUUUACCAGCUGAUGCGAUCAUAAAAUCUGGAGAUGGAACAAAGAAUUCCAAUGAAGAGGUGCCAUGGUGGUUGGAAUAUAUUUCAAGCCUAUUGUUUCUGGCUGUUUUCGGAAUAUUAGGGGUAUUGCUGAGGUAUGCUCUUGAGCUAUUGUUUGGGCCAGGAAAUGUGGGCGCUACGAGUGAUCAAAGCUAUAUGUAUCUUGAUCUUCCUCCUAAUAUGGUAUCACCUUCUUACUAUUGGCACAUUCCAAUGAUUGAAACGGCUGAUAAGUGAUAAGCCAUGUUAUUCUUUUGCUACUGAUUCCUCUCAAUUAGUGACCACUUGAGCAGUCUUCAUGAACGAGAUGAAGUUUCUGGAGCACGCACACAGCUUGACUUAAAGAAGAGAAGUUGUCCUGUGACUAGACGAAUGAAACACAUAUUUAGCUAUUUAGCUUGUCCGUAAAUGAAUCUUUGGUGGGAGAGCUGGAAAAAAGGACCCUGCAUCAACACAUUGUCUAAUAAUUACUGCUUAAAUAUGUCAUAUGGAGUAUGCUGUAAAAAAGUACAAAUAUAUACCUGGGGUGGCAUAUUAUGCCCUACUCUCUCUAUAUAUAUUAUUCCAUACUAUCAAUAAAAGAUGUAUCUAGGAACUGUAUACUCCGUAUAAUGGUACCAUUGUCCGUUUGGGGAAAUGGAAUCAAGUAUAAACCUUCAUUAACUGGACCUGCAUAUAUUCUAGUUUUAUUAUUAAUUGGAGUCAUGGUCCAACAGAUCGAAUGAUAGAUUGACAAUGUUUUACGCAUUCAUGGAUUAUAUUAGUUCUUGCACCUUCCGUUUUGAUUUAUUCUUCUCAUUUAAUUGUUUGACAUUCACAGGUUGGUUCAUUUUUAAUGGGGUGGUUUGGAGUGGUUUUCAAAGCAGAAAUUUCCAAAAUUUCGGAGCAGCUGGCUAUUGGAUUAUCAACUGGCUUUCUAGGAAGCCUUACUACGUUUAGUGGUUGGAACCAAAAGAUGCUUGAUCUUAGUGUCGAAGGUCGAUGGGGUUUUGCAAUGCUUGGCAUUCUUAUUGGAUUGUUUCUCGUUGCCUACUCCAUCAUUUUUGGUAUUGAGACUGCAAAAGGUGUUCGACUUGUUUUGAAAAGAGCAAAUAUAAAUCCAAGCUCCUGGAAGGUGAAUAGUCUCAAACGGCAUUUGGCAGUCUCAGUAACAUUGCUACUUACUCUGGCUACUCUAUGGAGUGUGUGUAUAGCCAAGGAAAUAAAGGUAUUUAAAAAGGGAAACAGCGAAUCCCGACUGUGGUUGGGAUGCCUUGUUGGACCAUUUGGUGUUUGGAUCAGGUGGUUCUUAGCACGGUUGAAUGGCCGUGGUUUUGGAAAAUCGGGAUUGUUGAAAUGGGUACCGUUUGGCACCUUAAUUGCCAAUGUCUCUGCAGCCUGUGUCAUGGCCUCACUAGCAGCCUUGAAGAAAGCUGUGAAAACAAAGGACUGUGAUACGGUGGUUGCUGGCGUUCAGUUCGGCCUGCUGGGUUGCCUUAGUACAGUGUCUACCUUUGCUGCUGAAUUUCAUGCCAUGAGAGAGAGCAAACAACCUUGGAGAGCAUAUGCAUAUGCUUUUACUACAAUUAUCUCAUCUUUCAUCCUAGGGACUCUAUUAUAUUCUGUACCAGUGUGGGUGAAGGGUUAUUACUGAUUCACCAAGUUUGUAUAGAAUGAUCAAGUAAAGCUCAACUUUGAAAUAAUCAUAUCAAUGUUAUUUAAAAUAAG